UUUUAUAGCAUUUGAUCAGAAGAACAGAGUAUUUCAUUCUCCCGUGCGGUCUAACACUGAUUCAAUCCCAAGUCUCAACCAUGGCGUUGUACGUGCUAUCUCGCCGUUCAUCACAUCCCUCCACUUCCCAAUUCUUCCUCGCUCUCCGUUUCGCCGCAUCCUAUUCCAGAUCCUAUUCCUCUUCCUCCUUCAGGGAAGAAAGAGACACCUUUGGACCCAUUCAAGUUCCUUCCGACAAAUUAUGGGGAGCUCAAACUCAAAGAUCCCUCCAGAAUUUCGAUAUCGGUGGCCCCCGUGAACGCAUGCCUGAACCCAUCGUUCGUGCCUUCGGCAUCUUGAAAAAAUGCGCUGCUAAGGUGAACAUGGAGUACGGUCUUGAUCCCACGAUUGGGAAGGCAGUGAUGCAAGCAGCUCAAGAAGUGGCAGAGGGCAAGUUAAAUGACCAUUUUCCCCUUGUUGUUUGGCAAACUGGCAGUGGCACGCAGAGUAACAUGAAUGCUAAUGAGGUUAUUGCUAACAGAGCGGCAGAGAUUCUUGGUCAUAGGCGGGGCGAAAAGUUUGUGCACCCAAAUGACCAUGUCAACAGAUCACAAUCUUCCAAUGAUACUUUCCCAACUGUAAUGCACAUUGCAGCUGCCGUGGAAGUAAACUCAAGACUAAUCCCCAAUUUGAAAACCUUAUAUUCUACACUAAAUGCGAAGUCAAUCGAAUUCAAGGAUAUUGUCAAGAUUGGACGCACUCAUACUCAGGAUGCAACACCUUUGACACUUGGACAGGAGUUUAGUGGGUAUACUACUCAAGUGAAGUAUGGCAUUGAUAGAGUGAUUGGCACUUUGCCACGAAUGUAUCAGCUAGCGCAGGGUGGUACAGCUGUAGGGACUGGAUUGAAUACAAAGAAAGGGUUUGAUGCAAAGAUUGCGGCGGCAGUAGCUGAAGAAACAAGGCUGCCUUUUAUCACAGCAGAAAAUAAGUUUGAGGCCUUGGCUGCACAUGAUGCCUUUGUAGAAACAAGUGGUGCCCUCAACACCAUUGCAGCUUCUUUAAUGAAGAUUGCUAAUGAUAUACGGUUAUUGGGAAGUGGUCCCCGUUGUGGCCUUGGUGAACUCAUUCUUCCUGAAAAUGAACCAGGAAGCAGUAUCAUGCCUGGGAAGGUUAACCCCACCCAGUGUGAGGCUUUGACAAUGGUCUGUGCGCAGGUCAUGGGAAACCAUGUUGCCAUCACAGUGGGUGGAUCAAAUGGUCAUUUUGAGCUUAAUGUGUUCAAACCAAUGAUUGCAAGUUCUCUGCUGCAUUCGUUGAGACUGCUUGGAGAUUCAUCUGCUUCCUUUGAAAAGAAUUGUGUUAGAGGUAUUCAAGCUAAUAGGGAAAGAAUUUCAAAGUUGCUGCAUGAGUCAUUGAUGCUUGUCACAUCCUUGAAUCCAAAAAUCGGUUAUGACAAGGCAGCAGCGGUUGCAAAGACAGCCCACAAAGAGGGGUCUACUCUGAAGGAAGCUGCAUUGAAGCUUGGAGUAUUGAGCUCUGAGGAAUUCGAUAAUCUUGUGGUACCUGAGAAAAUGAUUGGCCCAACUGAUUGACAUUGCAUAUAGAGUUGGUUAGUAAUUACUCAUUUGAUAAUCUACUACAUUGAGGUAGUAGUAUUUUUGAACCAUGAUUUUAUUACACUGAGAAAUGGCAAUUCAAGAGCCAAUAAUUUUUUACUUCCCUAGUUGAUAUUCUUGGGGAAAAGUUACCCCAAAUUUUUAAGAGAUGUAGUAUUGCAGGAAUUUAGUUGGCCCAAAUAAAGGGACUUCCCCCAUUUUAAUGUCCUUGAACUUACAUAUUUUAAAUUUUCCAGUGAUCUCUGGAUUACGGAUAUUUCCGUUAA